GUUUUUUCUCUGGUUCGAUCAAAUCGAUAAUUGAUUGAUAAUGGAUUUAAUUAUUCGAUUAUUAUUGAUAAUAACAAUGAUUAUAUCAUCUGAUUAUGGUGGUGUUUAUGGUGGUGGUGGUCGCCAUCAACAUCUUAAUCAUUUCUCAUCAACUUCGACUGGAAAUCCGAUAACGAUAACACCAACAACGACAACAGCGACACCUGCAUUACCAUCUACAACUGAAUCAUUACCAUCAUUAUCAUCAAAACAACAGCAGAAUCUGAAUGCAUUUAUCAAAAAUUUUAACCCGUUCAAUUAUUCGAAUGGUGGCAAAAUGAAAUUAUUAUCAAUGAAUUUGAUUCGACCUCAACAACAAAAAUUAGAACAAGAAACUGAUAAUAAUCAUCCUUCGAUUGUACAACAAUUCGAUACCAUUGAUGACAUUGAUAAUUGUUUGGCUGGUUCAUUAUCAUCAUCAAUAUCGACAACACCUACACCACCUGAACAACAAUUAGAACAAUUUAUUCAAUCAUUAAAACCACAAAAUAUGGAUGCUAUUGUCGAUGAUAAUAAUGGUCAGCAUGAUCAUCAAGAUGGUAAAAAUGCUGAUAUAAUGAAUACUGGUGAUGAUGAUUUGCAACAACAACACCAACAAGAUUUUGAUCUUAUCGAUCCGAUUAAACAUGAAAAAUUGAUUGAUAAUGAUCAUUUCAUUGAACAACAACAACAACAAAAUCUAUCCACCGAAUCUACAAAGACAGACAACAACAAAAAUGGUCAUCGUCGUGGUCAACAACCAAAACGUUUUAAAGCUGCUGUACUUACCCGUUAUUCAAUGGAAUAUCGUCCAAUCGAUUCGAAUCUAUUGACAGAACAUGAAUUAGAAGGUAUCGAUGAUAGCGGCGAUGAACGAAUUAUCGAUAUUAUACCACAAAGUCGCCCGUUACAAUUACAUUUUAAAUCACCUUCAAAUCGUAUUAGAGUUAUACAAUCAUCGAUUGAAGAUCAUGAAAAACAAACCGAAAAACAAGAAAUAGAGCGAACCGAAGAAGAACCACGUCUAUAUUAUCAACAAAUUCGUAAACCAAUUCUGCAACAAGUCCAUGAAAUAAUAAUGCCAUAUCGUAAAGUUAUACAGGAAAUUAAACCGGUUGUUGAACAAAUUCAUACGGUUGUAUCAUCGAAACGUCGAUCACCAUCAUCAUCGGGAAAAUUUCAUAAAUCCAAUCCGAUUAUCGAUCAAUCAUCAAUGAAUAAAUUUAACCGUUCGCCAAUUGCACGUUUUAAACAGAUUCAACAGCAGCAACAACAACAACCGGAACGAUUAUCAUCAUCUAAAACCAAUGAUUCAUCAUUAUCAUCCACUCUUAGUCCAUUGUUGAUUGGUGUUGAACAAGUGGUAGAUCCAAAUAUUGAUCAAAAACAGCAACAACAACAUAAUCAACUAAUGAUGCAAGAAUUGUUGAAAAUUUUACCAACAAAUCAUCAUCAUCAAGGAUCUACAUCACCAUCAUUAUCUCAUUCAUCAUUGAUCGAUGGCCAAUCGUUUAAUAAUCAUCAUCAAGGUGGUCAUUAUGGAUCACGACAAUCAUCAUUAUCGUCGAUGAAUAAAAUCGGUGGCAUUAAAUCUGUUUGAAUUUAAUUUCAUGUUUUUUCUUUCUCUCUCACA